AAAAUAAAUAAAUUAGGGGCAAUAACGUCAUUUUACAACUCGACGUUUCACAUCCCCAAUUUCCAGUUUCUCUUCCGGAGCCCAAUUAGUCGGAAAGGCCCAAUUAAUUAAUCGGCCUCUUCUCUCUUUACCCACGUCGCAUAUAGAUACAUGUUUACAUACACACACGAAAGAAACACCCACAACCCCACCCCCAACAAACACACGCAGUAACCCCCGUGACUCUCUCUCUCUCUCUCUCUCUCUCUCUGUAUAUAUAAUAUUCCUAUAUAGCCCUAGUUUUUCCCCCAAAUCCAACAAUCGCUAUCCCGUCAAUCUGAAUGCCCCACCAUGCCCGCUGCCGUCCCCACACCGCCUCAAUCACCGCGUUCUGGCACCAAUAUUUGGCCGCCGUGUACGGCGGCGGACGCCAAGUCACGCUAUCCGAAAAGUUCGGUCUUGGUCCGUUCAGUCUGGUCACAGAAUCUCGAAUUUGAGUUCUCCCUCAUAAGCAGCAUCAUCGAUCGUUACCCUUUCGUCUCGAUGGAUACAGAAUUUCCCGGCAUUGUCUUCCGCCACCGCCACCACUACUCCGACCCCAUCGACCAUUACAAAACCCUAAAAUCCAACGUCGACGCGCUCAAGCUGAUUCAGGUAGGGAUCACGCUCUCCGACUCCUCGGGAAACCUCCCCGACCUCGGCUGCGCCGACCAACGCUUCAUCUGGGAGUUCAAUUUCUGCGAUUUCGACAUCGCGCGUGACGAGCACGCCCCCAACUCAAUUGACCUCCUCCGCCACCAAGGCAUUGAUUUCGACAGCACUCGCACAUUCGGAGCAUCCAGCUCCCGCUUUGCUGAGCUCAUGGUGACGUCAGGCCUCGUGUUUAACGAGGACGUUACCUACAUCACCUUUCACAGCGGGUACGACUUUGGAUACCUCAUCAAGGCCAUUACCGGAAAACCUCUCCCCGGAACCCUCCCGGAGUUUCUGAAUUUGCUCAGUACUAUUUUUGGGAACAGAGUUUAUGAUGUGAAACACUUGAUGAAAUUCUGCCAGGGGCUGCAUGGGGGAUUGAAUAGGGUGGCUCAGUCGCUCGGGGUGGACCGUGCCGUCGGCAAGUGCCACCAGGCGGGGUCCGACAGUUUGCUGACCUGGCAUGCUUUUGAGAAGAUUAGAGCUGUUUACUUCAACAAGUGUGUGCAGGGUAUGCCAGACCAGUAUGCUGGCAUUCUCUAUGGGUUAGAGAUCCCUGAACCUUAAUUACCUUCUGCAAUAUAGAUUUGAUAGGGUUUUCUUUCUGUAUAAUCCUUUCUCUUAAUAUUAAAGGCUGAGUUCCAGUUAAGAUUUGCUCUUCUCUGCUUCUAUUUAUAUUAAUGCCCUCUCUUUA